GAAAAUGAGGCGUAGGCGCAUAAUAGACUCUCCGAGCUCGCCAAGUCCACCUAGAACAAGACAGCGCACCUCUCCUACUCCACCACCAGUAAUAAUUUUAACAACUACGGCACUGGCAUCUCAACAACAACAACAACGAGUAAACUUUACUUAA